AUGACGAAAUUCAGACCUUGCAUUGACCUGCACUCGGGGCAGGUCAAGCAGAUUGUGGGUGGCACCCUCAGCGACGUGGCUGGGGAUCUCAAGACCAACUACGUGUCGAAGCUUCCAGCCAGCCACUAUGCGGGAUUAUACCAAAAGCACAAUUUGCGCGGAGGACAUGUGGUAAAGCUUGGUCCGGGUAAUGACGAUGCUGCGAAGGAGUCAUUAAGCACAUGGAAAGAUGGAUUACAAGUUGCUGGAAGUAUCACAGAUCAGAAUGCACAAUAUUGGAUUGACCAAGGUGCAGAGAAGGUGAUCAUCACAUCUUUCCUCUUCCCGUCUGGCAAAUUCUCGCUCGAACGCCUCCAAUCCGUCCUUGCAGCACUAGGUGGUGACAAGUCCAAGCUGGUCUUGGACCUAAGUUGUCGCCGAAAAGAUAACACAUGGUUUGUGGCAAUGGACCGUUGGCAGACCAUUACUGAGAUGGAGAUUACCGCCGAAUCUAUCGCCUUCCUGGAGCCCUACUGCUCCGAGUUUUUGAUUCAUGCUGCGGACGUAGAGGGUUUGCAGCAGGGUGUAGACGAGGAACUGGUUUCAAAAUUGGCCGAAUGGUGCACCAUUCCCGUCACCUAUGCAGGUGGUGCUCGGAGCAUUGAGGAUCUGGAGAAAGUCCAUGUUAGCAGCAAUGGCAAAGUGGACUUGACCAUCGGGAGUGCCUUGGAUAUCUUUGGCGGCUCCGGAGUCACAUUCGAUGAAUGCAUUAAGUGGAAUGAGACCCACUGA